GCAUAUAUUUAUUUAUUUAUUUUAGACAGAGUCUUACUCUGUCACCCAGGCUGGAGUGCAGAGGUGAGCUCUCGGCUCAUUGCAACCUCCACCUCCCAGAUUCAAGCAAUUCUCCUGCCUCAGCCUCCUGAGUAGCUGGGACUACAGGCACCCGCCACCACACCAGCCUCAUUUUUGUAUUUUUAGUAGAGAUGGGGUUUCACCAUGUUGGCCAGGCUGGUCUUGAACUCCUGACUUCAAGUGAUCAACCUGCCUCGGCCUCCCAAAGUGCUGGGAUUACAGGUGUGAGCCACUGUGCCCGGCCUCUUUUGUGUAUUUUAAGAAGUGGGCUAUUUUCUUAUUACUCAGUUGUAAGCGUCACUUACGUGUCUGGAUACAAGUCCUGUAUCAGAUACAAGGAAUAUGAAUGUUUCCUCCCAGGUGUGGCAUUUUGUUUGCUUCCUGUGUCACUGGACACAGAUCUACAAGUUUGACAGGGUUAGCUUUUAGUUUGAGUCUCAAAUUAGUGUUUGUGAAAGGGACGUGAUAAAGUCUGAUGUUCAUCUUCCCCUGUGGAUAUCCAGCUGUUCUUGAACUAUGUGAUCUAGAGACCACCCUUUCCCCAACUGAAUUACGUGGACACCCUUGUUGGAAAUCUGUGGUCCAUGUGGGUGGUCCUAUUGCCGGACUCCACCAGCUUCCCUUGGUCUCCAUAUCUCUGAGCUCUCCGACGUCACUCUUCUUAGUCACAAUUGUUCUGGCUAUUGUAAGUCUUUUGCAUUUCCAUCUCAAUUCUGAAUCAACAUCUCAAUUUCUAAAAAAUAAGCCUGUGAGAUCUCUGUUGGAUUGCACUGAAUCUAUGGAUCAAUUUGGGGAGAAUGUUCACCUUAAUAAUGAGCCUUCCAAUUGUCAAUGAAAAGAGUCAAACUAUGUAAAAUAUAUGAAGAGAUUUAUGCUGAGCCAAAUAUGAGUGACCAUGACCCUUGACGCAGCCCUCAGGAGAUCCUAAAACAUGCGUCCAAGGUGACUGGGCACAGCCUGGUCUCAUACAUUUAAGGGAACAUGAGACACCAAUCAAAUACACGUAAGAUAUACACUGCUCUGGUGUGGAAAGGUGGGACAACCUGGUGGGGGCUGGCUUCCAGGUUACAGGUAAAGCUAAACAUGUCGGGAUUGGCAAUUGGUUGAAAGAGUUAUUAUCAAUAGAAAGGAAUGUCUAGGUUACAGUAAGGGGUUGUGGAGAUCAAAGUUUUAGCAGCAGAUGAAGUCUCUGGGUCGCAGGCUUCAAAGACUAGAUUCUAAAUGAUUCUUAUCAGACUUAAGGUCUGUGUUGACGUUGAAAGUUGGUCAGCUUUCCCUGAAUUCCAAAAGGGGGUCAGGUAUAAUGACGAGUAUCCAUCCCUCCCUUCCCCUCAUGGCCUGAACCAGUUUUUCAGGUUAACUUUGGAAUGCCCUUACCCAGAGGAGUGGUCUGUUCAGAGGGUUGGGGGCUUAGAAGUUUAUUUUUGGUUUACACAAUCCAUGAACAAGGUCUGUCUCCCCCAUUUAUUUAGCUCUUCACUAAUUUCUCUCAGUAAUGUUCUGCAGCUUUCGGUAUAGAGAACUUACACAUUUUUCAUUAAAUGCAUUCUUAGAUAUUUUCUGAUUUUCAUUGGCGUUGUAAAUGCUGUUUUUCAAAUUCUGUCUUCCAAUUAUUUGUUGCUAGAUUAUAGAAGCACAAUUACUUUUGUAUAUAGACUUAGUAUCUCAUGACCUUGCUAAAUGCCCUUAUUAUUUCUAGUAUUUUUGAUAACCUGUUAGGAUUUCCUGCCCUGACAAUUGCAUCAUCUGUGAACAGAGACUCUGCCGCUUCCUUCCCAAUCAUUUUGUCUUCUAACGUCAUGCUUAGGUUUCUCGGAUAGCUUGCUUGCAACCAAGAUGCAUGCCUGUGAUUGUGGCGGAGCUUGAUGCAAACCUCCUCCGACCCCAGGAUGUUCCUGUAGCCGGACAUCACUCCACCUGUGGGCAGGAGGGUUAUCACCUCCAAGUUCUGGAAAUGAGGACCAGGCAGUGUAGGCUUCAAACUCCACCUUGCAGUGGCCAGAUUUCCACUGGUUAUUUUAAUGUUUUUCGAACACUCUUUUGUUAGAUGACAUUAUUCUAAACAGCUGCCUGUGAUUCCAGAGGUUCAAACCUCCCCCUUUCCCUAGUAAAGAUGGGCUAUUUAAGCAUGAUUUUGUGAAAGUCUGGCUGUAGGGAGACUUGGGGGCAUCGGGAUUCAGUGUUCUGCUGCUGGGCCAGGCAGGGCUCAACUGAGAGGGGCUGGGCCUGCUGGGGCCGCUGUCCGGGGCCUCAGUGGGGCUCGGAAUUCAACUCCAUGCCCAGAGGACCAGGUGGGACACCCUUCCAGGGAAGAAGUGUGGCAGGCACAGGCCCAGGUUAGCCCCACUGCUGUGACAGGCUGUGACAGGCUGUGAGGGACCUGCGCUCACUUGGGGGAUGCGGAAGCCAGGAGCUCCGGGGCUCCAGGCAGGCCAGGGACAACGCUUCUUCCUCUGGGCUUUGCUUCUCCGCUCAGCCGCCACAGGGCUUCUGGCUUCACAGAGAAGGUGCUGAGGACGGUGGCCCGGCUCAGCCUCUGAGAGGAUGGGGGCCACAGCUGCAGGCAGGCCUGGGCUUGGGGCUAGUGCUGGGAGGCCUGACACAGGGGCAUCCAUGUCAGUCCCCCUUCUCCAGACCUUUGGGCCCCUAGGCCCUUGUGAUGGGCCACCCCUGGCCGCUGGGAGUGUUAGGAGGUCAGCUCGUGGAAAAAGUGGGGGCGAAGGCCUGGCGGGAGUGGGGGCUGGAGAGAGGGGCAGCUGCAGCAGAGACCCACUGGCCAGCAAGCGAGGCAAGGCAUUUACAGGGCACACUGCACCUCUACCAAGCAGAUUCAGAUGGGAGCAGAAGCGCCUGUCAUUCAGCAAGGUGAGACUGGGGAGACGUCUGGAAGUGCGGGAGGAAAAACUGGCUGAGGCCAUGUGCAGGCCAGUUCACUGCACAUGCUGGGGCGUGGCAGGCCGGUCCGCGCCCGUCUUCCUGCAUAUGGGGUGCCGUGUGCAAGGAGCAUGCAUGUGUAUGUCUCUGUAUCUCUGUAUGUCUGUGUCAUGUGUAUGUCUGUAUGUUUACGUCUCUGUAUCUGUGCAUAUGUCUUGGUGGUGUCUGUACGUGUGUGUAUGUAUGGGGAGGGCUGUUUUUGUGUUGCUAUAAAGGAACACAGAGACUGGGUAUCAUAAAGAAAAUAGGUGUAAUUGGCUUACGGUUCUGCAGGCUGUACAGGAAGCAUGGUGCCAGCAUCUGCUCCUGGUGAGGCCUCAGGAAGCUUCCACUCAUGGUGGAAGGUGACGGGGAGCCAGCGUCACAUAGCAAGAGUGGGAGGAGGGGAGGGCAAGGGGGGGAUCCCGGACUCUUUUAAACAACCUGCUUUUGAGUGAGCUAACUGAACAAGAACUCACUCAUCACCAAGGUGAUGGUGCUAAGCCAUUCAUGAGGGAUCCGUCCUCAUGAUCCAACACCUCCCGCCAGGCCCCACUUCCAACACUGGGAAUCACAUUCCAACAUGAGAUUCGGAGGGGACAGAGAAUCCAAACCACAUCAGUGUGUGUGCAUGUGUCUGCGCAUGUCUGUGUCCAUCUGCAUGUGCACGUCUCUGCACGUCUGCGUGGAUCCGUGUGUCUCUGUGCAUGUGUGUCCAUGUAUUAGCAUUUGGUCCAAGCCUUGCUUCCAGAGCCACAGCCACCACAACAGCACCAGCUGAGGGAAAGGGCUGCUCGAAUGCCACUGCCUCCCUAUGCUGACGGGGACCUUAACCACAGGGACAGCCCUGUGUCUCUCCAGCCAAGGCAGAGGACUGGCCGGUUGGUCUCAGAAGGCAGUGGGUGGGCAGGGUCCUCAUUCUCUGGCAGAGAUUUCUUGGGCCUGGACUAUGGGUGCUAAGGCUGCUGGGGAGUGGGGGCCCAGGAGCUGGGGAUGGGGCAUUGCUGUGGGGUGGGCUGCAGAGCCCACCUGAGCCCCUCCAGGAGGGGAAGGGGUCUCUGCGGCCUGCAGCCCCCAGACAUCACUGUAUAUGGCUGCAGCCUACAGGCUGGAGGGCUGGGAUCCACACUGCUGGGCCCCUGCUGAUCCCUCCAACCCAGGGCUUCUCCCAGGGACCAGCUCUCCCUCCCAUCCCUGACGCUCAGGCACUUAACUAUUUGACAAACCGAUGAUGAAACACGUAAGGACGGGGACCGCUGGAGGCUCCUGAGGGCCCAAGCACAGGAUCCAUUCCCAGAUGCCAGUGUCACUCCCAAGUCACCUGCGUUUGUAAGUCUCUAUUUUGGGUGGAGCCCUCUGGAAGCCCACGCCCCACUGUCUGUGGCCACUCCUCGCAGUCCUCAAUGGAGGUUUCUGUAAGUUCUUCACGAGUCUCCUGGCUCUUUCCUCAGAGCAGCUGCCUCCAGAUUACAACUGCCAAGUGCUGUUGGUGGCGGAAGCCCUACCUCCCCACUCCGAAGCAGCUCCUGCAGGAAACCUGGGCCUUGUGUGGCUGGGGAACUCCCAGGACUCCUGCCACGCAGGGGGACCCGAGGGCAGCUUGGGCAGGCCCCUCGCGGGCAGCGGCGGGUUCGCUUGGCUCCACCUGGCCGGAGAGACAGGCACAGCGUCACCUUCGUCCCCUCCGGAGCUGCACGUGGCCUGAGCAGCAUGGUGCCCUCCAGCCCAGCGGUGGAGAAACAGGUGCCCGUGGAACCUGGGCCUGACCCCGAGCUCCGGUCCUGGCGGCGCCUCGUGUGCUACCUUUGCUUCUACGGCUUCAUGGCGCAGAUACGGCCAGGGGAGAGCUUCAUCACCCCCUACCUCCUGGGGCCCGACAAGAACUUCACGCGGGAGCAGGUCACGAACGAGAUCACGCCGGUGCUGUCGUACUCCUACCUGGCCGUGCUGGUGCCCGUGUUCCUGCUCACCGACUACCUGCGCUACACGCCGGUGCUGCUGCUGCAGGGGCUCAGCUUCGUGUCGGUGUGGCUGCUGCUGCUGCUGGGCCACUCGGUGGCGCACAUGCAGCUCAUGGAGCUCUUCUACAGCGUCACCAUGGCCGCGCGCAUCGCCUAUUCCUCCUACAUCUUCUCUCUCGUGCGGCCCGCGCGCUACCAGCGUGUGGCCGGCUACUCGCGUGCUGCGGUGCUGCUGGGCGUGUUCACCAGCUCCGUGCUGGGCCAGCUGCUGGUCACCGUGGGCCGAGUCUCCUUCUCCACGCUCAACUACAUCUCGCUGGCCUUCCUCACCUUCAGCGUGGUCCUCGCCCUCUUCCUGAAGCGCCCCAAGCGCAGCCUCUUCUUCAACCGCGACGACCGGGGGCGGUGCGAAACCUCGGCUUCGGAGCUGGAGCGCAUGAAUCCCGGGGGCGGGAAGCUGGGACACGCCCUGCGGGUGGCCUGUGGGGACUCAGUGCUGGCGCGGAUGCUGCGGGAGCUGGGGGACAGCCUGCGGCGGCCGCAGCUGCGCCUGUGGUCCCUCUGGUGGGUCUUCAACUCGGCCGGCUACUACCUGGUGGUCUACUACGUGCACAUCCUGUGGAACGAGGUGGACCCCACCACCAACAGUGCGCGGGUCUACAACGGCGCGGCAGAUGCUGCCUCCACGCUGCUGGGCGCCAUCACGUCCUUCGCCGCGGGCUUCGUGAAGAUCCGCUGGGCGCGCUGGUCCAAGCUGCUCAUCGCGGGCGUCACGGCCACGCAGGCGGGGCUGGUCUUCCUUCUGGCGCACACGCGCCACCCGAAUAGCAUCUGGCUGUGCUACGCGGCCUUCGUGCUGUUCCGCGGCUCCUACCAGUUCCUCGUGCCCAUCGCCACCUUUCAGAUUGCAUCUUCUCUGUCUAAAGAGCUCUGUGCCCUGGUCUUCGGGGUCAACACAUUCUUUGCCACCAUCGUCAAGACCAUCAUCACUUUCAUUGUCUCGGACGUGCGGGGCCUGGGCCUCCCGGUCCGCAAGCAGUUCCAGUUAUACUCCGUGUACUUCCUGAUCCUGUCCGUCAUCUACUUCUUGGGGGCCAUGCUAGAUGGCCUGCGGCACUGCCAGCGGGGCCACCACCCACGGCAGCCCCCGGCCCAGGGCCUGAGGAGUGCCGCGGAGGAGAAGGCAGCACAGGCACUGAGCGUGCAGGACAAGGGCCUCGGAGGCCUGCAGCCAGCCCAGAGCCCGCUGCUUUCCCCAGAAGACAGCCUGGGGGCUGUGGGGCCAGCCUCCCUGGAGCAGAGACAGAGCGACCCAUACCUGGCCCCGGCCCCGGCCCCGCAGGCAGCCGAAUUCCUGAGCCCAGUGACAACCCCUUCCCCCUGCACUCUGUGCUCCGCCCAAGCCUCAGGCCCUGAGGCUGCAGAUGAGACUUGUCCCCAGCUGGCUGUCCAUUCUCCUGGUGUCAGCAAGCUGGGUUUGCAGUGUCUUCCAAGCGACGGUGUUCAGAAUGUGAACCAGUGACUCUCAGGCGCCCCUGUGGUAACUUUGCAGGUGGCCCUCGGUGCAUCCCCAUGACCCCUGCCUCGAGGGCCGCCUGCCUUAGCAAUGGGGGCCUCCGCUUAUACUGCUAGCAGGCCCCCUAGGAUUCCCUCUGCCCUGUGCCGCACUCUGGCGGUGGCCACAGCGUGCUGGCGACACUCAGGGCAGCUGCCUGGCCAUGCUGUCCCUGCGCUGUGCCCCGCGGGCUUUGGUUGCUGGAAGAGGUGGGUGGUGGGCUUCUGCGUCCACCAGGCCUCACUGGCUCAUGCCCCUUGGGGGGCUUGAGACAAAUCCUUUCUGCCCCCCAGGGCUAGUGAAGUGGCCUUAGAUACCAGCUCAGGGGACACUGGCCCCACAGGAGUUGUGAGCCCUCUAGGACAGGGUGGGAGCCGGGACCCUCAGGUGUAGCUGAGCUGUGACAUUGCUGGUGAUCCUUGGUGCUCUUGCUUUUUUGAAAGAUGCUUUUUUUAACUGACGUAGAAUGAAGAACUGCAUGUGGCUUCUCUGUCUCUGUGGAAAAGCCAUCUCAGGUUGGCGGCAGACACAUUGUCAUCAGAGGGGAGCAGCGGCUCUGGUCCUCGGAGCUGGUUCCUCUCUCCCACCCUAAGGGCAGCCCUCCAUGGUCCUGUCUGUCCUUCUGAAGUGUGUCCAUCCUGACCUGCGGGUCCUCAGCUGCUCCCACACUUGUGCCAGCCCGGAGAGGACUGGUCCCGGUCACCGCGGACGUGCUGGCCUUGGUAUGUGCCAGGCUUGCCUGGGCUGGGCAGCCUUGGGGGGGCUGCAGGUGGUGGGCGCUGGGGAAGUACGUCCCAGUGGCCUCAGGGUCUGAGGAGCGCUAGUGCCUUGCCCACAGGUGCGGGACCAUCUGAUGUGAUGUGAAUACUCUCCCCACAUACAUUAAACACACUUAAGUGAGUGUG